AUGCAAGAGCGACCUCACCGGCAAGGUCGCGAUCGUGACCGGGUGCAACACCGGCAUCGGCCUGCAGACGGCGAAGAUGCUCGCGGACGCGGGCGCGCGCGUCGUCAUGGCGUGCCGAUCGAAAGAGCGCGCGAAGGAGGCGAGAGCCGCGGUCGUCGCCGGCGGCGGGACCGCGGAGGUCAUGACGUUAGACCUGUCCGACGCGGACAGCAUCGCCGCGUUCGCGGCGGCGUUCCUCAAGAAGCACAAGACCCUGGACGUCCUCGUCAACAACGCGGGGCUGAACACCACGGGCGCGUACAAGGGCCCGACGACGACGAAGCAAGGGUACGAGAUCUGCAUGGGGACGAACUACUUCGGCCACUUCAUGCUCACGGCGCUCCUCAUGCCGGCGCUGUCGUCGCGCUGUCCUCCGUCACGACGUGGUUCGCGUCGAACAAGUACCACUUCUUCGUCAAGGGCGCGUCGAAGACGAAGGGGAACUACGCGGCGUCGAAGCUCGCGUGCCUCGCGGCGACGAUGGAGGCGCAGCGACGGUUGGACUCGCGUACCCGGACAACGACGUGCGGUUCGUCGCCGCGGACCCGGGGUUCGUCGCGUCCGACGUGUGGAGGAACUAUAACGUCGUCUUCCGCACCGUCGCGGGCGCGUUGGCGCUGAACACCGAGGAGGGCGCGAUGGUGUCGUGCGCGUCUCGGGAGGACAUCAAAAAGGGCGCGUUGUACAUG